AAGAACGUCUGGACGCGUUUGGACUCGCCCCCUCGUCAUCGGCGUCCUCCCCGUCGUAUAAGAUAUCCCUCUCCCCUCAUCGUUUGACGUUCACCCCUCCCCCAUAUACACCCCACCCCACGGCAGGAUACCCAUACCGCUCACCCCUACUCAAACAAGAUGGUCCUGAUAACCCUCAAAAAAGCCGAAGAAUCGCUCUUCCUCUUUGAAGCCCCAGCGACAUCUCCGCUCAGCGAGCUUGUCCCGCAACUCGCCAAGCUCCAGAACUACCGACUCAGGCUCAGGCGGCUUAUCGACGCCGCAGAAGAUCUGAUCGAGUACGGCCCGCUGAAACCCGACGACCAGCAUGGCUACGAUGAAGAUCAGCUGGAGGCGCUGUCGAAGGAGAAGCCGGCCACACCGCCUUUGAAGCAGGAGGUGGAGAGGGAUGGGAGGAAGGUGUUGCUGAACCCGGAUCCGACUGGGAGGCGGACUGGUGAAGCGCCGACGGAGGAUAUGGCAGAGAUCAUCCAAAAGACAUUGACGAAUGCCAAGGCGUGUCUAUCACAAGAUCUAGUGAAAUCCAACAAAUGCCUCACAUUCCCAGACCUCGACGAAGCAUUCUCCAACAUCCGCGGCGCAGUAGCGAUCGUCUGGCCGAUGGGGCUGCCUGAAUGGGAACCGGUACGGGAGAUAUUGGAGGAUAAGGAGGAUUUAACGGGGACUGCUGCAUCAAAGGAAGUAAUCGACAUCGACACCGCCUCCCUCUGGUGGGCCGGCAAAGAGCUCCAGCGCGAAAAGAAACUCGUCGACUACGUCGGCAAAAACGACAAGACCAAAAUCAUCGUCAAGAUCCAAAAGAAAGGCCAAGGCCCACCCCUCCGCGAAGCGCCCCUCAGCGAACAACAGCAAAAGGACAUGAUGGCCUACUACUACCGCAAGCAGGAGGAGCACAAGAAACUGGCGGAGAAUGAUGAGGAUGACUAUGUGAAUUCGGCGUGGGCGAAUACUAAGGCGCUCAAGUCGGCUUUUAGUGGGGUCGGGAAUGUCUCGUGGAGGCCUACGUAG